AUGACGUCCACCGGACUCCUACAUGUCCCAGCGCCGGAGACUUUUAGAAGGGCGAAGUAUGGCGAGCACACUGCGGAGGAUGAAUUCUGGCAGCUGCUCGCGAACAUCCUGCAGACAAAAACGGUGUCUCCGACUGGCGGUACCCUAACGAAAGAUGUUUCCUUGGAGUGCAAGAUACUGGUGAGCACAGGCCUGUGGAAGAGUGGUUACUAUGCUGGCUGGUUGUAUGAUAGGGAGGUGAAAGGAGUCUCUAGCAGGGAACUCCUUUUGGCACUUGGCUGGCUGCUUGCCGCUGGAAUGCUAGAGAAACUUUUGAUCCAACGAGUUCAGCAACUGGACAAAACACUACUUCCUCCCGUACUUUUGAAACUUGAGAUUCCUCAGGGGCCAUUGGUCGAGUGCAGCUCUGUUAAACGACUUCAAUGGCUCGUUGGUUUCCUGAGACACCAAGGACGGAUGCUGCUGUCCAUGCAGGACGAGCAAGCCUCAUUAUUUCACGCUGUUCUUUCUCAUAGCCAAUCAUCUCGAUCCUCAUCUUCAGGACAAAGUUCUCCCGCACUGAAAAAGAUAUGCAAUGAUGUGCAGCAGCUAUCUGACAUCUUUGAAUUGUACCUUAAAUGGAAGGAGCUAGAGAAUGUUUUUUGGACCUGGAUGGACAGUGUGGUGGACUUGCAUGAAAAGGAUCCUGUCACUGAGAGGCCUACACACAUCAUGCGGGGAGAUGUCAACUGCAACGCUGGGCAACUAGCUUUAGACAAACUGGAUAAUAUACUGCUGAGACUGGAAACAUUGCAGUGGAAAGGGCAGGAGACUGGGAAAGUGGACAAAGAGGACAGGAAAGGGAGACUACAGGAUGAUUUGGACAUUUGCAGUGACGCACUUCUUGAAUCUUUACCUCCCAGGAUAUCUGUCUCUCAAGCAUACCGACCUAGAUUCCUGACUAGGAAGACUGUCAAGAGCAGCUCAGUCAAGAGUUUCCAAGGUACAGUUGACGAGGCAGACGAGUUACCAGUAUCUGAGGUUGUAGAGCUGCUUGCUCAUACUGAGAGACAACUGCUAGACGCGAGGGACACACAGAGAUUUGCCAACAAGAUGCAGCUGCAGGAGUUGAUUGGGAGACUGGACAAACUGUUGUUGAUACCACCAUAA